AUGACCACACUGCUCACUGCCACUCUGCUCGUUUUGACGACGAUGACGACGGCGGCAAGUGCGCUCCAAUGCUACGACUGCUUCGGAACGGGGCCCGACCACAAAGAAUGCACACAGGAACGGACGUGUCAUGGAGUCGCCUGCAUGAUUUGUAAGUCGAGAACGUUUCUGUCGAUGGAGUCAACGUUUACGAAAGUUUCAGUCGACGCCGGAGACAACAAAACGGCCAGCGCCUUCUGCCUUCUCGCCAUGAAAGGUAAUUCCCCUUAGUACACAAUUUUACUGAUUUUUAUGUUAUUUUAGGUCAAAAGAUGGAGGAAGCCAAGGAUGGAUGCUGGCUGGAGCCAGAUGGCAAGGGAAAGCACUGCAUGUGCUUUUCGGAUUUUUGCAACAAACUCGUUGAUCGCAGAAAUACCGAUGAAGGUUCGUUUCGAUGUAAAUCAGAAAGUUAAUGAAAAUCCGAGAAAAAGCAUUUCACUCUUAAAUCAGUUUCAUUGGAAACGAAAUGGUUAAAUCAGGCAGACAUUAGAUUGUUCAUAACUCUUUUUCUCUCGAAUGUAAAGUCUUGACGAGUUUUAUGAAACGUAUCGGACAACUUCUGGAUUCGAACAAAAGAAAAUUCGGUUUUCGAAUCUAGAAAUUGUUCGAUAUGUUUUGUAGGAAUCCACUGAGAUCUUCAGCUCAAACGUUGCAAAACAUUUAACUUGGCCUCACAUCGACCCGUUAGCAAAUGCACCCGAUGAUUGCGAAAAACUCCACGCUGUUUCUCUCGAUCCUCAAAAUAAUCCGUCGUCAAAUUCCCAAGUUGCAACGUGCAAACGACUAUUUAUCAGUUCUCUGAUUGCGCACUUUCUCUACGUUGCUCCGCGCGAGCCAAUCCUUGUAACCACGGGCACAGCCACCCCGAGCAACAAAAAAACGGUUGCUCUUUUCUCUCUCUCUCUUGAAAAUGACGCGAGAGCCGCGCACCGUUGCGGGCGGGGAACACAUCGACCGAUUGCGUCAGAGGCGUCUUCUUCUUCGUCUUCAUUUGUAGUCCCUUUCGGCCGAUAGACACUGAUUAGUGGACAUAGACACAAGAGUGAGGCGAGAGACAAAUAAAGGCCGACGACGAGCCCCCGUCCGACAGACUGAUUGGCGCUGGCUCCACGAGACACUCUGGUUAUCGCAACAUGGGGAAACUGGGGAUGGUCUGAGUUGGAAUGGCUUUGAAAGUUUGGAAAUUUGGAGUUUAGAUGAAUCAGGACUUCUUAGGAAUAGGUGCGGGAUGUUUGAGCGCCGAAGCAAAAUUCUGAUUUUGAAAAUGUUUCUCUCAAAAACUAUUAGGAGCCAAAUAUCACAAUGCUUAAAACGUGUAAAAAUGUUUUGCAGUCGACCCAAUGGCGCCACUCCUCCCAACCGCCGAGUUUCUGAAACAGAACCCACUGGUCGACUACGAUGCACCGAACCUCGGGGACUACGUCGACGAGGGAUCGCAUCCGGCGCCGAAGCACGUGCUGUUCCCGUCGGCCGACAAACAGGACCCAAGAACGGCUGGAAUGGAAGAAGAUGAAGAUGGUAAGCAUUCGGGCGAAGCCUCCUCGGAGACUAAACUUCCGCCGCUCUUCAGAUCUCGUCGAGAAGGAUUUCAAUGAUUACGAAGCCGAGGAGAAACGCAGAGCGGAGACGAUGGCGGAGACGAAGACGACGACGACUGCCGAUGGAGUGGAGCUGCCGCACGACGCUGAUUCGAAUGUGGUGAAGGCUGACGACGUGGCGGAGCAAGACGGCGGCAGACGGACAGUCAGUAGAGUGCCCGAGGACAGAGUGAGUACAUUGUCGAUUCUAUGAAUUUCUGUUUCGAUAAUUUUCAAUGUGAUGAUUUGCAGAAAGAGAACGAAGUGUCAGCGAGCUUCAAACCGCCAUCCUGGGUGCUUUUCGUCUUCCCGAUGGCCGCCUCGUGGGCCCGCUUCUGGAGUGCCUUCUAA